AUGGCCAUGCUCAUGAAACCCGGUCAGCCCAUCAAGACGAUAGGUCAGAAUUUAGCUGGACUAUGGAGACCUUCGUUUGUAAAAGUAGAUCAGCGAUUGUACGUCUUUGGAGGUGGCGGCAAUGUUACCGAUGAUUUGCACUAUCUUGAUCUCAAAAACAUGCGCUGGGAGACUAUACAAAAUACAAGUGGCAUUCCACCAUGCAAGAGAUAUGGACACACUGCAACAAAAUGGAGAGACUCAAUCAUCGUUUUCGGGGGUUGCAAUGAAUACCAAGAAUAUUGUGGAGAUGUACAUAUCUUCAACCUUAAAACAUCGACAUGGCAUCAACCCAACAUCACAGGCAGCGUAUCUUCUCGCUAUCUACACAGCGCUACCGUGUUUGAAGACAAACUCAUUGUAUAUGGUGGGUUUGCAAAGAGCUCGGAUUGCACCUACGUUUUGGAUGAGCUGUGUGUACUGGAUCUCAACACCAUGGUAUGGACACGGUAUCACGAUAUGCCACCACGGUACAACCAUUCAGCCACGCUUGUUGGCAACAAAAUGUACAUUUACGCAGGCAAAGAUGAGCAGGGAAACACAGUGUCUGAUCUGUUCAUGGUGAAUCUCCAGAAGCUGCCUUAUACACCACAUUUAGUGCUCAGCGGCAAUCAACAUCAACAGCAACAGUCAUGCAGCAAUCGUAUGGUUCUCUUGAAAAGCCAACACUUUUGUGAUACAGCGUGUGGUAAAUUAAUAGUGUUUGGAAGGUAUUUGAACAGUAAUAAACAUCAACAGCAACAGCAAAAUAGUCCCGAGUCAACAUACAGCUUAUGGAUGUUGGAUCUGGAUACACUAGAGUGGGAGAAGCAAGAAUGCGACGGACAUUUUGAAGUUGGCGGUUGGAAUUAUUUCACCAUAGUCAAUGAAACAUCCGGCGAACAGACAGAGGCUCAAUCUCAAAUCACUAUCAACAACUUGCUUUUCCUUGGAAACACAGAUCCUUAUCGGCCUCAAGGAUACGAUCAUUUCAGAGAUGCGUUGAUGAUACACGGGGAAUCAUUGGGACUCUACGACAUUGCUGAGCCAAGAUUCACUACAGAGUUUGUUCAACUACUCAACAGCCCAGAGCUAUCUGAUUUCUCCAUCAUUGCAGCAAACGGAGAGGAGAUUUAUGUGCAUCAAGUCAUCCUAUUGACACGUUGGCCGCAUUUCAAAAAUAUACACAAAUCUGGCAUGUCGGAAGCAAUUGAACGAAAAAUGACUAUACCCGAACCAGUGCAAGUAAUCAUGGCAUUCCUCAAGUUCUUGUACAGUGAUCGACUGGAUGAAUCAGAACCUUGGCAAGUGGUCUGUGAUCUGCUGGUCAUGGCCAACAUGUAUCUGCUGCACAGACUCAAGAAGUUAUGCUGCGAAAGACUCUACAGGCGCCAUAUGGCCAUUGAAAGUUGUGGUCUGAUCUUUGAGAAAGCCAUUAUGGCUGAGGAAACUGGGCUCAAAUUGCUGACUCUUGGCUUUAUGUUUCAAAACUAUGGCUACAUCUUGAAAUCCAACAUGCUGAUGGAGUUGCCUCCUUCUGUGAGAGAGGAAUUUCUCGAGGCUGUGCCAGAGGAGGCGGUGCUCGAGGUGGGACGAUCCAGAUACAUUGCAGCAGCUGCUCCAGUCGCUCAGCAAUCCCAAUCGCAGCCGCAAAACGUAAUAUUCACCAGCAAUUCUGCUCAUCACAUCUAUGUUAGCAGCUCUCAGCCUGCAAGCGUUACUACGUCGUCUACAAGCUCUGCCACAUCAGCAAACUACCAUCACCAUCCUCACCACCACGUUCAUCAUCAUCGCCACCUACAAAAUGUCAAUUAUGUAACAUCCGACGUGAUACUAAGUCAACGCAGCACUCAAACUCCAAAUGAAUUGAUACCAAUCAACAACACAAAUUCUAAUACUGCAACUGUUAGUACUGACAUGACAGUAGAGGUUUAA